CUCAGCGCGUCAGGACUGUGGUGUUGUCAAUCCACACAGCCUGUCAAAUAUCUCUGCAGCUACUUGUCGCCGUUGUUGGUCGUGAAAAGGAAAAGAGAAUAGAAAUGGUGUUGCUGACGAUGAUCGCUCGGCUGGCAGACGGACUGCCGCUGGCCGCUUCGAUGCAGGAAGACGAACAGUUGGGCAGGGACCUCCAGCAGUACCAGAGUCAAGCUAAGCAACUCUUCAGGAAGCUCAAUGAACAGAGUCCCACCCGCUGCACUUUAGAGGCUGGCUCCAUGGCCUUUCAUUAUGUUAUAGAGAAAGGGGUGUGCUACCUUGUGCUAUGCGAAGCAGGCUUUCCCAAGAAGCUGGCCUUUGCUUAUCUAGAAGACCUGCAGGCAGAGUUUCAUGAGCACCAUGGAAAGAAGGUCCCCACAGUGUCUCGGCCUUAUUCCUUCAUUGAGUUUGACACGUACAUCCAGAAGACCAAGAAGUCGUACAUUGACAGUCGUGCAAGAAGGAAUCUGGGCAGCAUCAACACAGAACUCCAGGAUGUGCAGAGGAUCAUGGUGGCUAAUAUAGAGGAAGUGCUGCAGAGAGGAGAGGCACUGUCUGCUCUGGACUCCAAGGCCAGCAACUUGUCCAGCCUGUCCAAGAAGUAUAGGAGCGAUGCCAAGUACCUGAACACCCGCUCCACCUAUGCCAAGCUGGCAGCCGGUGGCGUCUUCUUCAUCAUGCUCAUUGUCUAUGUACGCUUCUGGUGGCUCUGAGAAUGGAAAAAGGACGGGAGGGAUUGAACUAGCAAACGAGCACUACUCGGAGUCUGCCGGCGCUGAGAAGAGCUUUCGCCUUUGGCUAAAAAUAGAUCCCUGCUCUUGACAAAAAAAACUUUUAAAUUUAAACACGCAAACCACCCAUCAUCACUGUUCUCCUCUGUCCAUAGAUUUGUCAGCUGAUGACGAUAUAGGCUGUUAUGAUCCUGAGUUUUAUUAACACUUGCACAGUAGUGCUUUAGUGGUCACCCUGGACUUCUGAUUAGAGGAAGCGCGUGUGUGUUCAAGUGAAGGUGAUUGAGUGUGCGGCUGGUUGCUUUGUGUUUGAAUGUGGGCGUGAAGAAGAGAAAAAGUGCUUCCUUGUUUUGUGCAUUACCAAAUUCGUAUGAGAAUAGCUCUACUCUUGCUGAUUUAGUCAUAUAUAUAUAUAUACUAUAUAGAGAAGCAGAAAAAAGUAAGAAGACCAUUUUAUUGACUCUUAAGGACAUCGAAAGGGCUUUGGCGUGUACUAACACUACUAUUACAAUAUCUCGGCGGCUUCAUAAUCCAGGACAAAUCAUGUUCUGCGGUUACAAAUAAUUGGAAAAACAUCGAAGUGGGCUAAAUGUUUCUCUUGUGGCCAUUAGGUAGGCUCAGCAGCAAAUGAAGUAGGUUGACUAGUUUGUUUCACUGUUUUACAAAUAUCUCGGACUGUAGUCAUGCUCAGGCCUGACUCAGCGGUUAUUAUUUUAGCUGUCCAAGCAUGGUCUGUGACCCUUUAAUUCCAGCUGAACUGGGAGUGCAGCAUACUCCCUUCAUCUCCCUACACCGUGACUGAGUGGACCAACAGCUUUCGGCAGGCAUAGGCAACAGCUUAUGUUCGAUGGAGUUCUUUAAUGUUGAAUAUAGAAGGCUUCCUGUAAAAACUGAUUUGAGCUGAUAGUGAGGUUUGCAGGUUUUCGUAAGUAGCUGGCCUCUGCUAAUGGUUGAACAGGAGAGCUGUUUUAUGUUCUUUCGGCUAUGUAUGAAUAAAAUAAUUUGCA